GAAAUUAUGAAUGAGGUGAUAGCUCAAGUGAAGAGUAAAGAAUGGAAGGUGCUAGUUGUGGAUCAUUUAAGCAUGAGGAUGCUAUCAGCCUGUUGUAAGAUGACUGAGAUCAUGUCUGAACAGAUCACCUUGGUUGAGGAUAUAAACAAGAAGAGAGAGCCACUACCUUCCUUAGAAGCUAUCUACCUCAUCACCCCUAUCGAAAAAUCCAUCAAAGCUCUGAUAACUGAUUUUCAAAAUCCAUUAAAGACAAUGUACAAAGGCGCUCAUGUAUUCUUUACCGAAGCAUGUCCAGAUGAGUUUUUUAAUGACCUCUGCAAGUCAACCAGCGCUAGACACAUUAAAACAUUGAAAGAGAUCAACAUUGCUUUCCUACCUUAUGAGAGUCAAGUGUUUUCGUUAGACUCUGUGAGCACUUUUCAAUUUUAUUACAACCCUGCCAAGCAAUCAGGCCGUAUGAUGAACUUGGAAAGAUGUGCAGAGCAGAUAGCCACACUGUGCGCUACACUCGGAGAGUACCCGUCAAUACGCUACAGAAGUGAGUGGGAUAGGAAUGCUGAGUUUGCUCAGUUGAUCCAGCAGAAGUUGGAUGCCUACAAGGCUGAUGAUCAUACCAUGGGACAGGGUCCAGGCAAGGAUAGAUCCCAACUGUUGAUCCUGGAUAGAGGGUUUGACCCCGUUUCGCCGCUGCUCCACGAAUUGACCUUUCAGGCCAUGGCCUAUGACAUGCUCAAUAUCGAAAAUGACGUCUACAAGUUUGAAUCAAACGCCGGUGGGGAGAUAUCGGAAAAGGAGGUGCUACUGGAUGAGAACGACGACCUUUGGGUCAGCUUCAGGCACAUGCACAUUGCCGAAGUCACUACGGACGUGACAAGUAAGCUGAAAAACUUUGUUGAGCAGAAGCGGAUGAGGAUGGGGCAGGAUAAGUCAUCCAUGAGGGAUCUAUCACAGAUGAUCAAGAAGAUGCCGCAGUACCAGAAGGAAUUGAACAGGUAUUCAACCCAUCUAAAUAUGGCGGAGGGUUGCAUGAAACACUACCAAGGUAAAGCUGAUAAGCUCUGCAAAGUUGAACAGGAUCUCGCAAUGUUAACAGAUGCGGAGGGUGAAAAGCUAAAAGAUCCCAUGAGGAACAUCGUUCCCAUCUUACUUGAUGCCAAUAUACUCAUCUCUGAUAAGAUCCGAAUCAUCCUUCUCUAUAUCAUCUAUAAAGGAGGCAUAACAGAGGAGAACUUGAACAAGCUGGUGCAGCAUGCACAGAUACCUCCGGAUGAAAAGUUGCUCAUCAACAACAUGCAGAAUCUCUCUGUGCCCAUCAUACAAGAUGGUGGCCGAAAGAGACCGCAAAGCUACCAGCCACAAAAUCGCAAGGAGAGGAACGCGGAGAGGAAGUAUCAGGCCUCCAGGUGGACACCCUACGUCAAGGACAUCAUGGAGGAUGCAAUAGAAGAGAAGUUGAACAUCCAGAAGUUUCCAUUCCUUACUGGGGGGUCCAGAUCUGCCGGGAUGGGGGCUGCCCCCGUUAGGUAUGCCCGAUACGGACAGUGGCACAAGGAUAGGAGCCCGUCGACGUUUAAAAGUGGACCUCGCCUAAUCGUGUUCAUCGUGGGCGGAGUUUCCUACUCCGAAAUGAGAUGCGCCUAUGAAGUCAGUCAGGCCGCAAAGAAUUUCGACGUUCUUAUUGGUUCAACCAAUAUAUUGACGCCAGUCGGAUUCCUAAGCUGCUUAAAGGAUCUAACCAACUAA